UCUUCCGUGAUGGCAGUUGUCCACAACCGGACCUCCCCCCUGGGUCACGCCGCCCCUGCCGCCUACACCCACUGCCACGCCGCUGGAUCUCCACCCCCACCCUCUCCGCUCCACUGGAUCCCCGCACGCCGCACCACCCCCGGCCAUGGGUGCUGGCUACCCGCCUCCCCCUCCCCCAGCUCCCCCGGAUCCUUGCACCACCAGGCCAUGGCGAUGGCUGCUCCCCUCGCCGGGAAUCCCCGCUCCUCCGGCCAUGAAGGGCUCCUCUAGCUCCGGCCGUGCGCUCCAGCACCGACAGCCACUCUCGUACUCGUGUAGUUCAACUGCAACCCCACCAUCGGAUGCGCGGCCAUGGCAUGCCGACAUGCCGUCCCGGCGCAAGUCCUUUUCUCUGUAUCUUGACCUCGGACCUUUUUUUUCUGUAUCUUCAAAUUGGCUCUCUCCCCUCUCUUUUUUUGGAUUUCACGCUUCAACUGUUCGUGACCUUCCUCCCAAGUCUGCUUCCGCAUUUUUGGUUGGUGAAGCAUGCCAUCGUUCUUCAUUUCAAUCCAAAUCAGACAUGGGUCGGUUUCGCGCGCGAGCACGGCAGCCCCUGAGCAACAUUUCAAUGCUCGCACUUCCUAGGAACCAGGAGUCCCACGACCGCUUCCCUUUCUUCAGCUCGCUGCCGAGCGUCUCCAGCCAAGACGUGACAGAGAUGGCCAUGGCCGCCCGAUGCCGGAGCACCGCCGGCCAAGGACCUGCCGCCAUCCAGACCCCCUCCACGCCAUCUCCAUCUCACCGGAGACCUGCACCAAGUCCCAUCCAGCGCCGUCGCCACCCUUCGGCCCCCACCCCGUAGGUCUGCAGCCUGAGCGCUUCAACCGACUUGUGCCUGAAGCAGAGGAGAGGAGCUCCCUGCCACGAGCCUCUCUGGCGCUGGCAAACCAGCAGGCUGACCUCGCCUCCUUCUUCCUUUUUUUCCGCCGCGACGCAUCACCCCUUCGCUGUCUCCUACGGCGUGGACGCCGACGACAAGCGGUGGCCCGUACCCGGCGGUGGAGAACGAGGUGAAGCAGUUUAAUUAAGGAUCGCGGGCAGGAUUGUAACUAAUGCAGCGUUGUUUUUGUAAAAGCGAAGCGUUUUCUGAUAUACCCACUUAAAAUAGGAUGGCAGGUUGAAUUCUAAUAAAUGGGGGACUUUUCUGGAAAAA